GUCAUCAGCAGGCGCCUGUAUUUACUUCUGGUCCAGUUAGCCCGCUGCAAUGGAAGUAAACAGGGACGAAGCGGAGCGCUGCAUUGACAUUGCGACUGCGGCGCUAAGCAACGAGCAGCCGGAGAAGGCGCAGAGGUUCCUGGAGAAGGCGCAGAGACUCUUCCCGACAGAGAAAGCGAAGGUACUGCUGGAGCUUAUUGCAAAGAAUGGAUUUACACCGAGACCAGGCGUUCACUCAGACUUCAGUGGGGUCUCGGGGCCCCGACAGCGGCAGACCAACGGUGAUACCAGACCUGAAGAGAAGCCAUCAGACACUUCAAAAUCCUACACAGCAGAUCAGCUAGAGGCUGUGAGGAGGAUAAAACAAUGUAAAGACUUCUAUGAAAUCCUUGGGGUCCAGGCAGAUGCCUCUGAGGAUGAACUCAAAAGAUCAUAUCGAAAACUUGCUUUGAAAUUCCAUCCAGACAAGAAUCACGCUCCAGGUGCUACAGAGGCGUUUAAAGCUAUCGGGAAUGCGUAUGCUGUCCUGAGUAAUUCUAACAAAAGAAGGCAGUACGACCAGUGUGGCGAAGAGAGGAGGCACCCCUCAGAACAUGGCCCAGACAAUGGAAACUUUGAGCCAGAUAUCUCCCCUGAAGACCUCUUUAACAUGUUCUUUGGAGGAGGUUAUCCGUCAAGUAAUGCUAAUGUGUACACGAAUGGGCGGAUGCGUUACCCAAGGCGAGAGAGAAGAGAGCGGCAGCGGGACGGAGGUCUGGCUCUCUUCGUGCAGGUCAUGCCUAUCCUCAUCCUGGUUAUUGUGUCAGCGCUCAGUCAGAUCAUGGUCAACAGCCCCCUCUACAGCCUCAGCUUCAGGCCGUCAGCAGGUUACACACAGAAGAGGCUGACUGAGAACCUGAAGGUGCCAUAUUACGUAGGGGAGCAUUUCUCCAGGGAGGUCACUGGACUGAAUUUGAAGAACGUGGAGCGAACGGUGGAGGAUGAUUACAUUUCCAGCCUGCGCAACAAUUGCUGGAAGGAGAAACAACAAAAGGAAGGCAUGCUUUACAGAGCUCGCUAUUUUGGAGACACUGAUCUGUACCAAAGAGCACAGAGGGCUCGAACACCAAGCUGCGCCAAGCUGUCCGAGAUCACAGCUUCAUUACAUGCUUGAUGCUGCUUUCGUUAUUAAAAAAUCCACACAAAAGAUUAUUGGCUGUAAAUAGAUAAGCUUUAACAAUCUGGAGACUAAAGAUGACUCAACAAGCAACACAAACAGCACCAAUCUGCAUCAAAUUGACCACACAAAGCAGUUGAAGCCAUUUCCAUGGAAUUCAAGUAUGUGAAAUUAAAAUAUAAGGUUAAUAUGUUUUGACAUGGAACAAAAAAAUACUUAAAAUAGCUUGUCCUACUGACAAGAUAUGGGUUUGGAAAACUUCCAAGCCCCAGUUUGGAAUGAAAGCCAUGAAGCCAGUGGGGGUCACUUCAUGGUUUUUGCAAGAAUGCAGUAUGAAACCAGAUCGUAGUGCAGUUAGAGAUAGUCGUACACAGUGUUGGGGAGGAACAAGUUACAUGUGACAGUGAAAAUUUAGAAAUUAAUUUAAAAAAUAAUUAUUAUCUGUCACAGUUACUGAAAAAAACAAACACAUUUACUAAUCCAAACGAUGGUGAUUACAAAGGUUUUAAAUCAGAAUAUCUUAUUUUUGGUAAGGAACUGUUGCUUUGCACCUUUCAUCCGUGCACGAAUGCCUUCUUUUGGCAUAUUUCCGGACAACGCAGGUCAGCAAAGCCAUCAUUUCCCAAUUUAAAACACUUGCUCGAAAAUAUAAUAUAAGAAGUUGCAUUACUGUGAUAAAGUGAUUCAAAUAAUUUUAUUUUUUAAUAAGGUAAGUAGUAAAUCUAUAGUAUAUUAAAAAAGUAACCUUCCCAACACUGGCUGUACAGAUGUUAUUUAUGUAGGAUUUUAUUAGAUACCACACUGAACGCUUCCUCUUUCAUUUUACACAAAUGCACAUUCUGAAACUAUGCAGGAAAUAAUGUGAAACCUCUGAUGAAUAUACACUCAUGUCUCGGGUUUGUCGGACACUUGAACACCUGUCUUCUUCUGCUGUGCGUGUGUGUGUGAGAUAACAAUUAGGAAAUGUCCCUUUACACUUUGCCUCUUUUAAUUGUAGUAAGGAUAGAAAUACAUGCUGUACUUUCACAAUAAAAGCCAAGAGAACGAGAGAUGUGCCUAACCACAAAGUGGAACGUUAACAGGUUGUAGUUUUUCAGCGCCAUGUCUCUGAUGAACAUCAGCUGUUGGAAAAAAGCAAUUUUCGUCACACCUUUUAUGUUUAUAGUAUGCUAUUUACGUUUUGUAUUAUUUAUUUGAAGAAUGGAUUAUCAGAGUAAGAAACUACAGAGAUAUUGCGCACCUUUUCCACCAUGUUUUUACUCCCAGAUGACAAUAAAUAUGAAUGC